UUCCUCGUCAGUACAUUUAAUCGAGACCACAGCCACUGGCUGUAUCAAUAGGAAUGAAGCCUUCACUGCUAGUCUUCGCUCCCAAAGGAGACACUGAUAUAAUUCUGAGAAAGCCCAACUUUCGCAGCCACCAGAAAUCGUCGCCACAAGCUGCUGAUCCGAUUGCUGGCGCGGAAGAGAAUGACCAGCACGCAGAACAAGAGCUGCAAGACGACCAAAACGAGCCUCAGCUACCCGUGGUAGAGGAGUUCAACGACGUCACAGCUUCGAUAGAAAGCCUCAAUGAUCUAAAAAACCUAAAACCAUCCAACGAGGACGGACAAAAUGUCGAACUACGCUAUCGCGUUUCAUCAGCACACUUGAUGCUUGCGUCACCCGUCUUCAGGGCGAUGCUCGAUGGCCCAUUCAAAGAAAGCUCUCGUGAUGAGGAUGGUCGUUUUGAAGUCAAGACUUCCGAGUGCAGCGCUCAAGCGCUGCUUAUCUUACUAGAUAUUAUACAUGGGCACCAUAGAGAUGUCCCAAAGACCAUGGAGUUUAGCCUAUUGACGGAAAUGGCUAUACUUGUUGACUAUUACGAGUGCCAUGAGAUCGUGGAGAUGUUUGCUGAGAACUGGAUCGCCUCUACCAUCCAGGAAGAAGAAAUAGAAGGAUCUGAUUACCAGACGAAUAUAUCUCGACUAUUCAUCAGCUGGGUCUUUGGGAAGAUCGAGCUGUUCAACUCUGUUGUCUGUUCGAUUCUGAAAUUGACCGCAGGGCCGAUACGAACAGACCUGCCUCUCCCUAGUACCAUUUUGGGCUCACUAGAACGAUGCAGACAGACUCUGACGCAGAAGUUCCUGGAUAGCAUUUAUGAGCUACUCGAUUCGUUCUGGAGCAGUGAUGAAGGCUGUGACGCGGAAUGUACCGCCAUCAUGCUAGGGAUGCUAAUAAAGCAGAUGCUUAGGUCCGGUUUGGAGGUCCCGCGCCCCAUGAGCGGCCGUCCUGCUCAAGAAAAGAGCCUUUUGCAUCUCUACGAGUUUUCGGCUCAACUUAGAUCGCCAAGGUGGAGCCAUGUAAGUUCGUCCAACGCACAUGGUUGUCGGUUCUCAAUUAUAACAGAACCAUGGCUGGAAACACUGUCCAAGGUCGAUAUCUGUCAUGGUGUCAGAUUCGAAGAUUUCAAGCUGGGCACUUCGGUGCCUAAGGACGUCGCAUCAGAUUUCUUAAAGAAGGACAUGAAAAAGCGAAAGCGCAGCAACCGUGAUCUCUUCCGAGGGUGAAGAAGUGCUUGAUCCUUAAAUGUUUGAGAGAUAAGCGGCACUGCGAUACUCUAUUACUGAUACAAAGAGACCAUGUCAAACAGCAACGGCAUGAUGUCAAUUGCGAAACAUGGAAAAUAAAAGAAAGUGAAGCCUUUUAUUGAGAUCCGCAGCUGCUUUUCCAAUUCUCCUGCUCCGCUCAACCGGGUUGCC